CACGGAGCAUCAGCAACAUAUCAAAGACGAAACCCCUCUUGAAGAUGAAAUCCCAGAGUCACCCAGCUCCCUCGCUCCGGCGAAGCCACGGCGGCCACCACCAGACCACGUUCCCACUCCUGCGACGCAGCCGAGAGAUGCAGCAGAGGGAACACCUUGCGAACGCAGACCCCGAGGAGGCCGGAGCAGCCGCCUCCAGCCCCCACGUCCUCAAGGUGCAUUACAAAUACACCGUCGCCCUGCAAGUCGAGCCGGGCCUCUCCUACACGGAGCUCCUGGACCUGGUUUGCAAGAAACUGGAGCUCCAGCCCGAGCACGCGCAGCUGAGGUACAAGCCUGCGGAGAGCCAAGCGCCGGUGGCUCUGAGCGUGGGGAACCUGGAGGCGGCUUGGAGCCAGGGCAAGGACAACUCUGACCCUCUGGUGUGACAUGACGGAGGUCGGUGACAGCUGGAGGUGGCGGCCACCGCUCCUGCCAAGGAAACCUAAGCGGCCGUUGCCUUUGCUUUCCUCGCCGCGAGCGCAGGCUCGUGGCUUCCAAAGCAAGCCAGCGACGUCUUGAAAGGCAGAGGAGCAAAAGAACAGGCCAAGGGAGAGGCAGAGCUUGUCUCU